AUGGCGUCGCGGUGUACCACACUGCUCCUACUGGUUCUGGCUUUACUUUCGCCAUUUGCAAUGGCCGAGUCGGAGGACAAGCCCUCAAAAGUGGGCGACCACACGAUUGAACGAACGAUCCAACUUCGAACACAUUCCUUAUACGCUCCGUACAUCGACCAAGACCUCCAAAAUAGAUGGUGGGACUUUGGUGCUGAUUCAUAUGUGAAUACGAAUAAGCACGUCCGACUUACUCGCCCGGCGCCGUCCCAAAUGGGUUGGCUAUGGUCACGAUUGCCAUUGACAUCAACGAACUACAUAAUCGAGGUUGAGUUCAAAAUAUCGGGCGAGUCAAGUCAUCUGUUCGGUGACGGUAUCGCUGUAUGGAUCGCUAAAGAGCGCGCUCAACCCGGUCCAAUCUUCGGCAACAAAGAUAAAUUUGAGGGGCUUGGGAUCUUCCUCGAUACAUACGCCAACUCAAGGCAUUCUUAUUCUUUCCCCCACGUCACAGCUACUAUCGGUGAUGGUAAGACGGAGUAUGACUACGGAAAUGAUGGCGACGACUCCAGCAUUGGCGGUUGCUCAGCAAACUUCCGUCGAACCAAUGUCGCCACCAAGUUGAAGAUUACCUACAUCAAGGAGAAAUAUCUCGACGUCAAAAUCCAAUACAAGGCUUGGGAUGACUGGUCGGAUUGCUUCCAUGUUGAGAAUGUCACCCUCCCUUCAGCGCCUUUCAUUGGCUUCUCUGCCAUGACGGGAGACGUUUCUGACGCCCACGAUAUUAUCAGCGUCACCUCUUCGUCCGCCAUCCUCGCUCCUCCUGCCAAACCCAAGACCAAAUCCAAAUCCGUCUUCCCUUCCCUCCGAACAAGCGACGACGAAGACCCUGAGGGUUCGUGGUUUGGUUCAAUGUUCAAGAUCUUCCUCUUCAUUGGUGUUUGCGUUGGGGGGUACUAUGGGUAUCUUGAAUAUAAGAGGAGGCAGGCGUUUGCUGGUGCAGGAAACUUUGGUGGCAUGGGUGGCGGUGGAUACGGCGGAGGAAUGUACGCCAACUCGAAGAGAUUCUAG